CAUCUCGGAAAAUACAUCUUCUUCCUGAUAGCGUCGGUGAAAGCUGUGAGUCAGUGAGGGAACUUUCAGAGUGUUUCAGAGCACUGAGGCUGAGGAGGUGAACACUAUGGGUAAGAUAGAGUGGGCGAUGUGGGCCAAUGAGCAGGCUCUGGCUUCAGGACUCAUUCUGCUCACUGGAGGUAUUGUGGGGGUGGCCGGACAGUUCAGGGGCUGGCAGUUUGCUGCUUACGCUGUUGCUGCCGGAGUGUUUGUGUGUCUUCUGGAGUAUCCCAGAAGCAAGAGGUCCAAGGGCACGAGCAUGGAGAGAACGGGUCAGCACUGCUUCACUGUGGUUGUAAAAGCAUUCGGGCCAUUGACAAGGAACUACUACGUCAGAGCAUUUCUGCUUGCUGCAAUCUGUGUUCCUGGAGGUUUCAUGCUCGCCACAGUCCUCGGUUGCGUCUGCCUCGGCAUCGCCAGCCUCAUCUACCUGUCGGCAGCUAUCCAUGGUGAACACUGGGAGCCCAUUCUACCACGACAGAAGGAGGUUCGAAAGCCGGCAGAGAGCAUGAAGAACCCUCCUCAGAAUCCACCUCCGAGACCUCCUCCAGAGACGCACAGGAAACGGGUGGACGACCUGGAUGGAGCCGCCUAUGACAACCCUUUCUCUGUUACUGACAAUGAGUAACCGGCCCAGUGUCCCGUCCUCUGUGUGUCAUCCAGUAUCUGCACUGAGAGCUUGGAAAUGUUAAAGCCAGUCACAGUGGGACAUCACCAGGUUCUGUGAGUCUGGAAAAAUAAAUAGUUUUCUGAGGUUUAGUGAAGCUGGUGGCUGAACAACAUCCUUUAUACCUGCAAAGAAAUAUGUAAAUACAUAUACAUAUUUUACUGUUGAACAAAACACAGAGGAGAUACAUGUAAAUGAUGUAGCUGCUUAGUGUCAACCACAUGUAUUUUUACUGCUUUGAUAAAAGUCUAAACCAAUAUUUGUUUCUGAACAAACCACCAUGUAUUUUAAGCUGUGUUUUUUCUCUACUUUUAAUGUCUCGUAAAUAAACCUGUUGAAUCCA